AGGCAAUUGCGCUCCACGCUAAAAUACACCUCCCGUGCCGAAGCAGACACAGUCACUGUGUGUGUGGAUUUGUAUAUAUCCGUUGCUUCAAUUCUACUCCUCUUCCCGCAGCACAAGCACAAAGAUGGGAAUGGCGAGGAACGUUGCCGUGGCUGGGGCCGACGAGCUACUGGCAAUUAUGGAGUGGGAAAAGCAAGAGCUGCAGCAGCAGCAGCAGCUGAACGGCGGCGACGGCGGUGGGUUGUACGUGAAGGUGAUGACCGACGAGCAGAUGGAGCUUCUGCGGCGUCAGAUCUCGGCCUACGCCACUAUCUGCGAGCAACUCGUUGAGAUGCACAAGGCCAUCACUGCCCAACAGGACCUUGCUGGAAUGAGGCUGGGUAAUAUAUACUGUGAUUCAUUGGUGACAUCUGCCGGCCACAAAAUCACUGCAAGGCAGCGCUGGACUCCAACACCUAUGCAACUUCAAAUUCUGGAAAACAUCUUUGAUCAAGGCACUGGAACCCCAAGCAAGCAGAAGAUCAAAGAAAUAACCAUUGAGCUGGCACAACAUGGACAAAUUUCUGAAACAAAUGUCUAUAACUGGUUUCAGAACAGGAGAGCUCGAUCCAAAAGAAAGCAGUUGGUUGGGGUGUCAAACAAUGCAGAAUCAGAAGCAGAGACUGAAAUGGAGUCGCCAAAAGAGAAGAAAACAAAACCAGAGAGCAUCCAAACCCAUGAGAACGCAGCACAAAGGGCUGGAAAUGUAUAUAUUCAAAGUCCAGAGCUAAGUGCUGAAAUGCAUUACUUGGAUGCCCUGCCAAAUGCAGGGGAGCCUAUGUUUCCAUUAGAUCAUGGUUUGAGAUCUCCUGGCAGUUUGGGCCAUUUCGCCAUGUAUGAGAGCAUCCCGAGUAUGAAUGGACCAUUUGAUUGGCAAAAUGGAAAUUCCAGGGGGCUUUAGUCCCUUUCAGCGUGUGGAAGGAGACGACAUCUAAUGAUUUAUAGAAGCUUAUAUAUUGAACUUGAAGAUAGUGGAGUGCAUCUCUCUCUCCCUCUCUAGACAACAUAUAGAACUUAGCAGAAUUGACAUCUAUCCGCACUGAAGUGAAGUUUACGGUUUGGCAAGACUUGCUAGGACUGAGAGUUGUUUAUUGUAACCCUAGUCAUCAUACGGCAAUUUGAUUCCAAUGAAUUGGAAUUCUAGAAAAAGUUAGUGAUUUGAGUGAAAUUUGCUAGUGUGACAUUUAUGAAAAAGCUGUUUGAGAAGACGAGUAAUGGUGCUUGUCUUAUUGUAAGCUGUGAGAAGACAAGUAAUGAUUGCAUCAAGAAGUUGAGUUGCCAUGGUUGACACUUGGUCUGUGGUGUUGUAAUUGUGUGUUGAUCCGAAUGAAAUAUCAAUGUGAAAGCCAGAGCUUGUGGUACUAACCGCUUCUCUUUCUUAUA